UCUGCUGCUCGAGUUCAGCUCUGUCUGUGAAAACUGUCCAAUCCGGGUUGAACAGACAGUGGUGGUCGACGAAUAGAGAGCCUGUACUGUGUUGUGGACUGUUGAUACAUCCAAUGGCCAGGGUGGUUCUAGUAAUAGCCCGUCCGCGGUGCUGGUGAACACACCGAUGGGACAGCACAGCGCUACAUGGGGGACGCAGGCGACAGCGGCUGGUACCGACGCUGCUACAUCCCGGAGGGACAAAUCCGCACUCUGGAGCAAUCUCUAGGGCUUUACGACGCUCCGAUAUCGGGAAUUAACUCAGUGAAAUAACCAAGCCGAGCAUGAACACAUCGCAUUUUAGAACGAGCCAUUGCUAGACACGAGGUACGAGAGAUCGAGCAGCGGCACACGCAGGACGGUCUGCGGGAACGGGAAUCAUCGGUCUCGUUGCUGUCCAACAACGAAGAUGACAUUGUCAUCAUCUACAACCGCGUGCCCAAGACGGCCAGCACUUCCUUCACCAACAUCGCCUACGACCUGUGCGGGAAAAACCACUACCACGUCCUGCACAUCAACACCACCAAGAACAACCCGGUCAUGUCCAUACAGGACCAGGUGCGGUUUGUAAAGAAUGUGACUGAGUGGAGGGAAAUGAAACCAGCUUUCUACCACGGACACGUCUCCUUCCUGGACUUCACCAAGUUUGGGGUGAAGAGAAAGCCCAUCUACAUAAACGUGAUCCGGGACCCCAUUGAAAGGCUGGUGUCCUAUUAUUACUUUUUGCGUUUUGGGGACGACUACCGGCCCGGCUUGAGACGCAGGAAACAAGGAGACAAAAAGACGUUUGAUGAAUGUGUAUCAGCUGGCGGCUCAGACUGUGCCCCUGAGAAGCUCUGGCUCCAGAUUCCCUUUUUCUGUGGUCACUACUCUGAAUGCUGGAACGUGGGCAGCCAGUGGGCUCUGGAGCAGGCCAAAUACAACCUGGUGAAUGAAUACAUGUUGGUCGGAGUAACAGAAGAGCUGGAGGAUUUCGUCAUGAUGCUGGAGGCCGCGUUGCCACGCUUCUUCAAAGGAGCCACCGAGCUGUACAAAACAGGGAAGAAAUCCCACCUGAGGAAGACCAGUGAGAAAAAGCCGCCCACGAAGGAGUCUAUCGCCAAGCUGCAGCAGUCGGCCAUCUGGAAGAUGGAGAACGAGUUCUAUGAGUUUGCACUGGAGCAGUUCCAGUUUGUCAGGGCACAUGCUGUCAGAGAAAAGGAUGGGGAACUCUACCUGCUGGCACAGAACUUCUUCUACGAGAAAAUCUACCCCAAAAACUAAAGAGACACGUGUCCAUAGAAGAGUGUGGAGAGGACACUCGGUAGGAGGCUCAGAUGUGCAGCCUAUGAUGAAAAAAAAGAAGAAAAGUGAGACUAAUAGACUACUGGUGACUGUGUGGCUGGUUUGUAUGUGUGAUUGAGAACAUAAUGUGGAGCUGCAGAAUAAUCAGACUGGUGACAGCUCUGUUAUUCACAUCAACGCCAGCCAACUGGACGAGGAGCUCACUUUUCGUCAGUAGAUUGUGUUCCUAGCAGCCCCACCCCCCUUCCAGGCCUCCACUCCCUUUCACUUCCAUUUCAAAGGUCGUCUGCGCCAAGGGCCUCCACCGACACAUGUCCGGAGACAGCCUGUCCAACAGCUGGUCAGAGGUCGUCUCCUGAUUGGUUUCGCUGUUCUCCAAUCCAGACAAAACAUUUUCAUUGGCUCUGUACUGUUUGGUUGUGUUUGAUUGUAUUUUAACUCUUUACUAUGGUUGUCUUUUUGUAUGUAAGACGGUGACAUUUUCCAUGGUGAAACAACAUGCCCAUGCCUCACCACUACUACUAACUUAAAGAGAUUUUAAGUGUAA